AUGUAUGCCUCAGCAAAGCUCGUUGCCCUCGCGGCUGCCCUCCCUUCGGCCAUGGCCUGCCUGGCCCAUGAUGGUGGCCUGCCUGCUGCCACUGGCACCAAGUCUCUCACCGCGCCUCAGUACAUCAAAGCUGGUGAGACAUUCGAUGCUGGAUGGGUCAAGUACGACCGUGGAUCUGGAGCCUGCGGUGGACAAGGUGAGGGUGGAGAGAAGGACACUGUCUUUGUCCUCGAGGAUGGUGCCACGCUUAAGAACGUCAUCAUUGGCAAGGACCAAGCCGAGGGCGUGUACUGCAAAGGCUCUUGCAACCUCGAGUUUGUGUGGUUCGAGGAUGUCUGCGAGGAUGCCAUCUCCAUCAAGGGCGAUGGAACAGCCAAUAUUAUUGGUGGUGGCGCUUAUGGCGCGUCGGACAAGGUCAUUCAGCACAACGGCUGCGGUUCCGUAAACAUUGUCAACUUCUUUGCCGAGGACUACGGCAAGGUUUACCGCUCGUGCGGUAACUGCAAGAACAACUGCGCCCGCACUGUCCACAUGGAGGGCGUCACUGCCCACAACGGUGGUGAGCUGAUGGGCAUCAACAGCAACUACGGUGACAAGGCUACCUACUCCAACAACUGCUUCGACGAAGGUGUCACCGAGUGCCAGGCCUACACCGGCUGCGACAAGGCAGAGGGCUCCUGCGAGGCUGUCAAGAAGGGCAAGUGCUAA